UGCGUUUGCUUCCGGGUGAGAGUGCUAGAGGAGGGCUUGGAUAUCGUGGAGGCUUCGUGAAGCAGAGGCCUAGCCGAACCAUGGGGAGAGAGUCCAGGCAUUACCGAAAGCGCUCAUCGUCACGUGGCCGUUCAGGGAGUAGGUCAAAAAGUCGUUCACCACCAGAUAAGAGAGCCAAGCGUGGAGAGGAGAGGCGCUCUAGGAGCCGUGAGCGGGAUCGAGAUCGCAGACGAGAAAGAUCCCGCAGUCGGGAGCGCAGGCGGUCACGCUCCAGAGACAGAAAACGGCUUGGCCGCAGGCCAAGCAGAGAAAGGGAACGUAGCCGGGAGAGAAGAAGAUCUCGUAGUCGUGAACGGAGAAGGUCAAGGAGUAGGAGCCAUAGUAGGCGAUCCAGAUCAAACAGUCCUGGCAAGAACAAAAAGGGUGAAACCAGAUCAAAGUCUAAGGAGAAGACAGAUGGCUUAGAAGCAUCUAAAGAGAAGAAAAAAGAAGACAAAGAGGAAGAAAAGGAGAAAGAGAAGGAUGUCAGUAAUUUUGACCAGAAUAAACUGGAGGAGGAAAUGCGCAAACGAAAGGAAAGAGUGGAAAAAUGGAGGGAAGAGCAGCGCAAAAGAGUUGUGGAAAGCAUCGGAGAGCUGAAAAAGGAAAUUGAAGAAAUGAGACAAGGGAAAAAAUGGAGUUUAGAAGAUGAUGAUGAUGAUGAAGAGGAGCCUGCAGAGGGAGAGAAAGAGGGGGAAGAGGAAGAAAACGAAGAGUUGGAUCCCCUAGAUGCAUACAUGGAGGAAGUAAAGGAAGAAGUCAAGAAGUUUAACAUGGGUAGUAUGAAAGGUGGAAGUGAAAAGAAAAGUGGACCAACUGUCACGAAAGUAGUGACUGUGGUCAAUUCAAAAAAAGUUACUGCAGAAACAACAAAGAAGAAAGGGGAACUUAUGGAGAAUGAUCAAGAUGCAAUGGAGUAUUCAUCGGAAGAAGAGGAGGUAGAUCUUCAAACUGCCCUUACAGGCUUUCAAACAAAGCAGCGCAAACUAUUGGAACCAGUAGAUCAUGGAAAGAUAGAGUACGAGCCCUUCAGGAAAAACUUUUAUGUUGAAGUUCCAGAGCUUGCAAAAAUGACCCCAGAAGAGGUGAGUGCAUACAGAAUUGAACUGGAGGGUAUCAUUGUGAAAGGAAAAAACUGCCCAAAGCCUAUCAAAACCUGGGUCCAGUGUGGGAUUUCAAUGAAAAUUUUGGCUUCUCUCAAAAGACAUUCAUAUGAAAAGCCAACUCCAAUUCAGUCUCAAGCGAUUCCAGCAAUCAUGACUGGCCGUGACUUAAUUGGGAUUGCCAAAACUGGUAGUGGAAAAACAAUUGCCUUCCUUUUGCCUAUGUUCCGACAUAUUAUGGACCAGAGACCACUGGAGGAGGCAGAAGGACCUAUAGCUGUCAUCAUGACCCCUACAAGAGAGCUGGCUUUACAGAUCACAAAAGAGUGCAAGAAAUUUUCGAAGACUCUUGGACUGCGUGUAGUCUGUGUCUAUGGAGGAACUGGGAUCAGUGAGCAGAUUGCAGAACUUAAAAGAGGUGCUGAGAUAAUUGUUUGUACCCCAGGACGUAUGAUAGACAUGUUAGCUGCUAACAAUGGACGAGUGACCAACCUGCGUCGUGGAACAUAUGUUGUUUUAGAUGAAGCCGACAGAAUGUUUGAUAUGGGUUUUGAACCACAGGUAAUGAGGAUCAUCGAUAAUGUGCGACCUGAUCGACAAACAGUCAUGUUUUCUGCCACAUUCCCAAGAGCUAUGGAGGCUUUAGCCAGAAGAAUUUUAAAUAAGCCAAUAGAAGUACAGGUUGGAGGGAGAAGUGUGGUGUGUUCUGAUGUGGAACAACAUGUGAUUGUCAUAGAGGAAGAUAAAAAGUUCCUGAAGUUAUUGGAGCUCUUGGGACAUUACCAGGAAAGGGGUUCAAUCAUUAUUUUUGUUGAUAAACAAGAGCAUGCUGAUGGCUUGCUGAAAGAUCUAAUGAGAGCAUCUUAUCCCUGCUUGUCUCUCCAUGGAGGUAUUGACCAAUAUGAUCGAGAUAGCAUCAUUAAUGACUUCAAGAACGGAGUCUGCAAACUUCUGGUUGCUACAUCAGUUGCUGCUCGGGGUCUUGAUGUCAAGCAUUUGAUCCUAGUGCUUAAUUAUUCAUGUCCAAACCAUUAUGAAGAUUAUGUGCAUAGAGCUGGACGGACAGGGAGAGCCGGGAAUAAGGGCUAUGCAUUUACAUUUAUCACAGAGGACCAAGCACGCCAUGCUGGGGACAUCAUUAAAGCUUUGGAACUCUCUGGUACUGCAGUUCCUCCUGAAUUAGAGAGACUCUGGAGUGAAUUCAAGGAUCAACAGAAAGCAGAAGGAAAAGUGAUUAAGAAGACCAGUGGUUUCUCUGGUAAAGGAUUUAAGUUUGAUGAAACAGAGCAAGCUUUGGCAAAUGAGAGAAAGAAACUGCAGAAGGCUGCUCUUGGCCUUCAGGACUCUGAUGAUGAAGAUACAGCUCUUGAUAUUGAUGAACAGAUUGAGAGCAUGUUUAAUUCUAAGAAGAGGGUUAAAGACAUGACUGGACCAGGAGGACCUGCAGGUGCAGGCGGUGCAGCUGGCAGCACUGGAGGUGCUGCAGGAACAACUGCUGCAGUUGCUGCUGCUCCAACUGGCGGGAAUGCUGAAAAACUUGAAAUUGCAAAACGACUGGCAAAAAAGCUUAGUGUGAACAAGAACCUGGGAGCAGAGGCACAGGAUGUCAUGCAGCAGGCCACAAAUGCAAUAUUGAGAGGAGGUACUAUUCUGGCACCAACGGUGUCUGCAAAAACAAUUGCAGAGCAACUAGCAGAAAAAAUCAAUGCCAAGCUCAACUAUGUCCCAGUGGAGAAGCUGGAGGAAGAGAAACAGGAGGCCGGAACUAAUGAAUCCUUCAAGAGAUAUGAAGAGGAACUAGAGAUCAAUGAUUUCCCACAGACUGCCAGAUGGAAGGUGACCUCUAAAGAAGCUCUCCAGAGAAUCAGUGAAUACUCUGAAGCUGCUAUUACAAUUAGGGGAACAUAUUUCCCACCCGGCAAAGACCCCAAGGAAGGAGAAAGGAAGAUAUACUUGGCAAUAGAGAGUGCAAAUGAACUGGCUGUGCAGAAAGCAAAAGCUGAAAUUACUCGACUUAUUAAAGAAGAACUUAUCAGACUUCAAAACUCCUAUCAACCAACCAACAAAGGAAGAUACAAAGUGCUUUAGGUUCUGGAGCAUGUGGACUGAAUUGUCGGCUGUUAUGUAGUCUGUGGUCUUAUGCAGUUUUCACAUUCUUGUAAAUGAUACUUUAUUUUUUAUUUCAUUUCUAUUUUAAAAUUAUAAUGACCUUUUCAGAACCAUACCACACUUUUUUUUUCUUUUUGCAAAAGAAAAAUACCAUAAUAUUGAUAAACAGGACAGUUUGUAUAUUUUCCAUCUUAAAUAAAAUUUGUUUUAAAAUUGCA